CGUUGUGACAUUGUAAUAUAAAACUAGUGCAUUUUUAAGUGAAAAUCAUAAGAGGUUAAAGAGAAUGGAUACUUCUGGUAAAAGUUACUUUAAAGUUGAAGGAACACCUCAUGGUGAUGGGCCGCAUAACAUUCCAGAUUGUAUAAAACGCCUAGCCGAGUCUCAUGGUGAAAAUGAAGCCUUUGUAUUUGCAGAUCACGGCGGUGGACGACAGGGUGUUACAUUUGCAGAAAUCUACAAGAAAUGUGUCGAAGUGGCUCGGUCUUUAAUACAGCUUGGCGUGAAGAAAGGUGAGCUUGUUGCGAUCAAUGUACGAAGCUGUCCGGAGUGGCUUUAUUUUGCGUUUGGAAUAAUGUUUGCUGGGGCGGUACCAGUCAGUAUCUCGUUCACGUACAAAGAUGGCAGCGAUUUGAUAGCACUGAUGGAAAAGCUCAAGACAUGUUGUUUAUUAGCGCUAGACCCCGGGGAAGAUGGCUGGAACUGGGAAAUAGUCAAAAAUCUUCUGGAUAGUUAUCAUCCAGAUGGAACUGCGUCAAGCAGAAAGCUACCAAGUUUACGGUAUAUAAUUGGACAUGAAGUUGUGAACACAAAGCAAAUGCAUGGGGUAAAAACAAUCCAAGAACUUAUUGAUGGAGGCAAAUCUACGGUCACGUUUCCGGCUCUAGAUGCAGACGACUUAGCAUUUUUAGUACAAACGUCAGGAAGUACAGGUGUGCCUAAACUCGUUGCUCAUACUCACAGGUCCAUCAUGAGUGUCCUUCAGCUUACCUCUUUUGGUAUUCUGGAUUCUUCAGUUGUACAGUACAACGAUCGUCCGUUCACCUGGAUAGGCGGGUUUCCUCUCUCCAUAAUGUCUGGGCAGAAACGAGUCACUGUUUCCGGAUUUAGUCCUAAACCGAAAAAUCGAGUAGCAUGUGUGAUUGACAUUGUUCAAAGAGAGAAGUGUACAUUACUCACUGCUUUACCACCAAUGCUCCAUGAGCUCAUUUGUACACAGAAUAUACCGGAAGACUGGCCAGUGAAGGUUGUAUUAACGGGGGGACAACCGCUUACCAAGGGUGUCGCACGAGCGAUAGGUAAAGUCGCACCGUCCAUUUCCCCAGCUUAUGGUGGAACGGAAUUCUUGAUCGCAAGUUCUGCCGAGAUAAAUGAUCAAAGUGCCUUCCAGGAAUUCUUCAGUGGUAAAAUUGCAAAAAUCGCAGGUCUUGAAGUGAAGAUUGUUGACGAAAAUGGAGAUACUGUUCCAGUCAAUACACGAGGGGAAGUAUACAUCCGAAGUCCGGGCAUGUUCAAGGAAUAUUACAACGAUCCGGACAAAACUGCAGCUGUCUUGACCGAUGACGGUUGGUAUAUAACGGACGACAUUGGGAUGAUGACGUCAGACGCUGACCUCUUUGUCUAUGGAAGAAAAUCUAACAUGAUUAUAUCCGGCGGUAUGAAUGUUACUCCAGAAAUUUUAGAGCACGCAAUUAAAACAUGCCCAGGUGUCGCUACCGUCGUCGUCGUUCCUGUACCUGAUGAAGUAUAUUAUCAGGUUUUAUGCGCAUGCGUUAUUCGUCGAAACGGAAGUAAUGUAACGGAAGAGCAGCUUCGCAGAUAUUGUGAUGAAAUUCAUAACGACUCUCCGGGAAUGUUCACCGUCUUGCCAAAAUAUUACAUGUUCUUUGAAGCAUUUCCUGAGACGAUUACAGGGAAAACAAAUAGGGUGGAACUGAUUAAAAUGGCAACAGAAGCUUUCCGUGCUACGUAGGCGUCCAGCAAAUUUUGCCACGGACACGCAAUUAGACUACCCGUACUAUAACAAGAUAAUCAGAGAACACAAAGAAUCUUAAUUAUAGAAUAUAUGUAUAAGUUUGAGGAAAAGGAUCGGCAAUAUCUUGUGUUACACAUCUACCAUGUGCUCCAUUUUCUGCAUUUACUAUAGUCAACAUUCCAUGAAAACCCACUACUUAUUUUUGAAGAAAUGAUACGUUAUGCUAGCACGACCUUAUUUAGUUUCCUAUUACACAAGGUGGACUGAAACUGUGUGUCAUUAGCAGCAAAAUCAUUGUAUGUUCGUCACAAUUAUUAUGUCAAACGUAAUAGCGGUGCACUGGAAAAGAAAACACACGUGUAAUGGGCACAUGUUUAGAGUAUGUCGUCAAGGAUGUAGGCAAUCAUCCUUUUAACCGUGUUUGAAUCGGGAAAAACUUGUGAAAGUGGAUUUUCUCUUGAAUAAUGUCAUUGUUUUGUUGUUCUGAUGCAUAUUAUUGUAUCACACUUAUUACUGUUUGGGAUUUAUUACUAUACAAUUUGCGACUCUUUAAGGGAAGCCGAACACUAACUGAAAGUUUUACUAUGGGCUAUAUAGAACUCCUUAUUUUAAUUUUUUAUGGAAUUUUCAUGAAAAGAAGAGGUAGGAAAAAGUAUUGUUCUCUGAAGAUACGUUAAACAUAUAUUAAGAGGUCGUAGUUUAUGACUUUAUGUAGAAUAAUUGCUAAAAUCAUACAAAAUUUCGACAGCGGGACGGACAUGUUUACAGCAAUUAGAUAAAUCCAUUAAUCAUGUGAUUUCUAUUCAGUGCAAUUUUAGAAAGUUUCUUGCAUAAAAACUACUUUUUUCACUGGAUCCGACCAUGUAUUAAUGGGGGAAAAUAGUGUAUUGACUAGGCGAUUCAUGUGUUUUUAUACAUUUUUAUUUUGGAAAUGCUUUGCAAGGGACGAAAAUAUAUUCCUGCGCAGA